AGCGAGGACGUCCAUGGCUAUACGAAUCCUAUGAUUUGGUGAACAUGUUUGGUGAUGAGAUUCCUACGUGCUUGGAGGUGGCAUUUAAGCCAACAUCAGAAAUGGUUUUCAUGGGAAGUGAGUUGGCUAUUGUUGCCUAUAUCUUUGGAACAAGAGAUUCUUGUGCCUAAUGAACAUUGUUGUGGAAGCCGAGAAGCAUUGAUGACCCUUUGUUCGAAAAAUCGGAUUGGAGAUAACGUUUUGAAUCUGGUGGCAUCAAAGCUUAUAAAACGUGCAGCAAUUAUAGUGGAAGGCAACAAAUGGUUCCUCCCAACCACUUUUGCUCAAAUAGCACUCCAACAACGAGAUAUUUCUGUUGCGACAAUGGAAUACAUCAAAACAAAUUUUUGGGCAAGGUUGAAGAUCUCUAUAAGGUAAUAGACUACUUUGAUGAGUUUUUUCAACUAUGGUA